UUGUUUUUUUCUGAGGCUGAUUUCUUUGGAUUUUUCCAUGAUGACAAACAAAGAGGCACUGAGUUUGAAGUGGACAGAGAUGGAUGAAGAAGAGAACACUGAGCGACAGAUGCAGAUUGCCAUGCUGUGCCAACGGCUGGCAAAGAUGAAGCGAUUAUUCAAUGAUGAUGACACUGAUUACAUCAACCAGGCCAUCAGUUCAAACUCCUCUGACACCUGUUGGACAUUUCUGAGCAAUCUGGAGAAGAAAGGCAACCCUGAAUCUGAUCCCAGCCUUCUCACCAAGCUCAUCGACAGCUACACACAAGUAUUUUUCAGCAUGCCAUUGGGAAAGUACAGUCAGAAUGAAAGCUAUGCCAAGAUGCUUGUCAGAUUCGCAGAGUUAAAAGCCAUCCAGGAUUUAAAUGAUGCACAGUCUAGUUUUGAUAUUGCAAGGUCCCAUUGCAAGGAUUUUGCCUUUGUCCACAUAGCUUAUGCUCAGUUCAAACUUCUGCAAGGUAAGGGGAAGACUCUGGAGCCUUUCACACUGGCAGUUUAGUCCCAAUCAGAGCAUGGUUUGCAUGAAAAAUUGGUAAUAUGAAAGCUGGUAAUGAACCCAAAACUUCUGUUGGAGAUGGACUGAGUUCGGUUGCAAUCAGACUGUGGCACGAUUCACAUGAGUGACAACGCAACCUGUACUAGGGUCCGUACUUGUUCAGGCAGUACAAUAACUAGCACAUACGUUUUUGCCUAUUUUAGCAUGACAACAUCAUCAGUUGCACAAUUCAUGAGCACAGCGUGCCCAGUACGAAAACCACCUCUGAGAACAUUUGUGAACUUUUAAAGAAAGUCUUUAUAAAUACAAAUUAAAAAAGGUUUACAGAUUGAAAAUCUACAGUCAUUGUGUUUUUUUUGUUUGUUUGGCCAUUUCAAAUCAAAUCAAAUCACUUUAUUGUCACACUACCAUGUACACAAGUGCAACAGUAGGUGAAAUUCUUGUGUGCAGUUCCGAGCAACAUAGCAGUCAUGACAGUGACGAGACAUAUACCAAUUACAAUAAACAACAUACUUACACAACACAAUUUACAUAUCAAAUGUACACAUACUUACACAAC